CGAGGCUAGAAAUGUUAUGCCCCCCCCCCUUCUCCCCCAACUCUGUUGCCUUUUGCAAAAGCUCCUGCUUGGGGACCAGAGAAGAGGCUAAUCGAAAGGAUGUUGAAGACUAUAAAACAAGCCCUUUUUUCUUCUGGCUUGGAGAUGCCUAAAUGGACAGCAUUACCAAAUCAGGCAUCUGAUUAUGAAAUUCGACAGUAUGAACCUGCCAAAUGGGUGUGUACAUCUCUUAAAACCAUAGACUGGGAUGCAGCCAUCAAUGCUGGCUUCAUGAAGCUCUUUAACUACAUUAAAGGCAAGAAUGAAAAAGGAACAAAGAUAGCUAUGACAGCCCCAGUGACAUGCUAUGUCCAGCCAGGAGCUGGCCCAUUCUCCGAGUCCAUUACAACAGUUGCCUUUUAUUUGCCAUCUCAGUACCAGGCAAACCCACCCAAGCCUUCAGACGCAGAUGUCUUCAUCGAAACUAAGCCAGCAAUUACAGUCUUUGUCAG